GUGGUCUGCUUACGCACAAAGAAGAGAGAACCCCUUCUCCUUCUUCUUCUUCGUCUUCUUCUUCUUCUACUUCUGAUUCUUCUCUCUCUCUUUGUGUCUGAUUACAUUUGGCGCAAAAAAGUUCUUCACUUUAUAGCUUUUUCUCUUUUUAUUUGUUCCGACAGCUUCGCUACAAAUAAAGAUGUGGCAAUAAUCUUGAUACUGGCAUUAACCAGUCUGAUUCCGGUUAACGCAAAAGUUGACGGCGCCGGGAAAAUAUGCGACGAACUUAGCCGAAGAUCAUUGAGCACGAGACCACACAGUGUUUCCAUUACAGAUUUUGGUGCGGUGGGAGAUGGCAGAACGCUCAACACUCUCGCGUUUCAAAACGCCGUUUUCUACCUUAUGUCUUUCGCUGACAAAGGUGGCGCCCAGCUUUAUGUUCCCCCGGGAAGAUGGCUCACCGGAAGUUUCAGCCUCACCAACCAUCUCACCCUCUUUCUCGAAAACGGCGCCGUUAUAGUUGCCUCUCAGGAUCCUUCGCAUUGGGAAGUUGUUGAUCCGUUACCUUCGUAUGGACGGGGACUUGAUUUGCCCGGGAAGCGAUACAAGAGUUUGAUCAACGCUAACAUGCUACAUGAUGUUGUUGUGACAGGUGAUAAUGGAACCAUAGAUGGACAAGGAUUGGUUUGGUGGGAUCGGUUUACUUCUCAUUCCUUAAAGUAUAACCGACCUCACCUCAUCGAGUUUAUUUUAUCCGAAAAUGUAAUUGUCUCGAAUCUUACAUUCUUGAAUGCUCCAGCUCAUACAAUCCACUCAAUCUACUCUAGUCAUGUAUAUAUUCAUAAGAUAUUGGCUCAUUCUUCCCCUGAAUCUCCUUAUACAAUCGGCAUUGUACCAGAUUCCUCUGAUAAUGUAUGCAUUCAAAACUCUACCAUUAACGUGGGGUAUGACGCCAUAUCCCUUAAAAGCGGUUGGGAUGAAUAUGGAAUCGCCUAUUCCCGUCCCACUGAGAAUGUUCAUAUAAGAAAUGUUUACCUCCGAGGAGCUUCUGGUUCGUCUAUCUCCUUUGGCAGUGAGAUGUCCGGUGGAAUAUCCGAUGUCGUGGUCGAUAACGCCUUUUUGCACAACUCAUUAACCGGCAUUGCCUUUAGAACCACGAAAAGCAGAGGUGGUUACAUCAAAGAGAUUGAUAUUUCAAACAUCGAUAUGUCGAGAAUAGGUACUGCCAUUGUGGCUAAUGGUAGCUUUGGAUCUCAUCCGGAUGAUAAAUACGACGCAAAUGCUCUCCCACUUGUGAGUCACAUAAGAUUAAACAAGAUUUCUGGAGUAAACAUCGGCGUUGCGGGGAAAUUGGUUGGGAUCAAAGAGUCUCCAUUUACCUCAGUGGCUUUGUGGAAUGUCUCUUUGUCUAUGAACUCAGGUUGUAGUGUUUCUUGGCAAUGUUCCUAUGUUUACGGGUCCUCAGAGUCCGUCAUUCCUGAACCGUGUCCCGAGCUGAAGAGAGAUGAUGAUGAUGAUGCUUACGGUAGAGCUGCAGUCUAAUUUUAUGAAAGCGACUGCAAAAACAGAAAAAAAAACAAGAAGUACUUUUCUUGAGAUUCUUUUCUAGGAUUCAUUUCAUAUUUUUGUGAAGUUAGCUAGGUCAGAUUCUUUCCGCAAGAUAAAACCACAUUUGUCUUAGAUCAUACAUUUUUCUUUUGGUUAUUCGGGUUUACUAUUUUUAUUCUAUGUUGUUUGCAUAUUGUGAGAUAAGAAUUCUGUACAGGUUCAUUUCUUCAUUUAUCUCUCAAUAGCAUCUGAAA